CUCCCUUAAGAACUGUGCACAUCCAGCUGUCUCAGGGUAAACUCGGACCAAGCAGAGAAACCUUGACUGAAUCCUGCGGUACUUUUUCCCUCUGCAAUGGGUUUCUCCAGGAGUCCUCUUUGUGCUUGAGGGACUGGACUCCAGAUCAGAAAAGAAAGCGAAAAUGGCUAAAACUGACCGAGAGAGAUAGUUUUUGUAGGAUUUUACAUUAUAAAAGGAGAAAGUCUUCAGGGUGUUUUGAAGCAAUGAACGAAGUCUUGUUUCUAGCCAAAUAAGUUGGCAUCUCUGUAGGCAGGAGACGUAACACUGGUAAAUCUUUACUGCAGGGUUCUUAACCAGGGGGAGCUCCGUCAUGUUCUUCGAGGAGUAAAUGUUUUACAUGCGAGGCGAGAUCUGCGUGUGCCUCGGUGUUCUUUCCAAGUGACUUCUGGAGACAGUUUUAGAUGAUUGGCUAAGACAAAAUGCCCUAGUGUGCCCCGAGCCACAGCCAGAUUGUUGGUGCCAUGUCUACCACCCAGAGGAAAGACGACAGCCCCCUGCUCACCGGUUUGGGCACGUGUCAGCUGAAGGCGCAGGAGGACCAGCAACAGCAAGAAAAACAUGUCAUUGCUCAGCCAAUAUUUGUUUUUGAGAAAGGAGAACACACUUUCAAGAGACCUGCAGAAGACAGGCUGGAUGAAGCAGCAGAGCAUGAAUUCAAUGGUUUCUCCAGAAAGCGGAUAAGGUCUUCAUCUGUUACGCUUCAUACUACAGAUUCUCAGGCUCUAGGAGUGGCAGCUUCGUCUCAGACGCGCCUGAGGUCCUCAUCAUUCACCGAUGUCCCAACCUUCCCCCCCUCUGGACCAGUAAGGAAAAACAAUGUUUUUAUGACAUCAAGUCUGGUGCAGAGGAAUAUUGACAUGAACAGCAUAGAGCAAGGUCCUGUGAGACCUUCAGAGCAUGUUUUAAGACCUGCUACUCUGCAGCCCCCUCAAGUUCAAAGCUGCGAACACCUAAGCAAAACAUCUGGGCCUGGUGCUUCGAAACCUUGCAAACUUAAGGAAAAUACCAAGCACAAGGUAUCCGAGGCGAACUCUAGUUUGCUAAGUGAAAAUUUAUCAAAUGCCCGAAGUUCAGCCCAGCUGUCUACUGACCUACAAGUCUCAGAGGCAACAUCAGGGUGCCAGCCAAAGGAAGAUACGUGUUCUUUUAAAAGCUGCAGUUCUGACUUUGUUUUUGGAGAAAACAUGGUAGAAAGAGUUUUGGGCACUCAAAGGCUCACCCAGCCUCCACUUCAAAACCAUUCAUAUGCCAAGGAAAAAACAUUCAAAUCUGUUCUGAAAUUUCCUACUGCUGCUUCAGAUCCAAGCUCUAUUAAAACUGUAUCCCUAAUUGAAUCAGCGGCUGCUUUUUCCUCCAAACCAUCACAAAAAUGCUUGCUCGAGAAAAUUGAUGUCAUAAUAGGAGAUGAAACGGAACAUAAUGUGCUAAAGAUCAACUGCAAGAUAUUUGUAUUCACCAAGAUAACACAAUCCUGGACUGAAAGAGGCAGAGGGACUCUGAGGCUGAACGACAUAGGGAGCAGUGGCUGCGGGACACUGCAGUCAAGACUGAUCAUGCACAACCAAGGCAAUCUGAGGCUGGUCCUCAACAGCAGACUCUGGACUCAAAUGAAGGUUCAAAGAGCAAAUCACAAAAACUUGCAAAUCACUGCGACUGAUUUAGAAGGCAAUGGUAUAAAGGUAUUUUUAAUUCAGGCCAGUGCCAAAGACAUAGGCUAUCUGUACGCAGCAAUACAUCACCGUCUUGUUGCCCUUCGAAGCCUCAGGAAGCAGGCCGAGGGUGAUCCAGCUGAAAGCCCGUCAGACACAGUCCUCCAGCAGUUCAGCUGUGAUGAGGAUGAGGAUGACUUCAUACAAGUCACUAAAAAUGGAUCAGAUCCUUCAAGAUGGAACCACAGACAGUCAGUUGUCUGUUCAUAGCACUCUCGAUUGUAAACAUGACAUCUACAGAAACUGGUCACUCUACUGAAAUGCCAGACUGUCUUGAAGAUUCUACACAUACUUUGAAGAGUUUUUUUUUUUAAUUAAAGAAAUACAACUUCUUGUAAUUAAAAGUUAUGUUUUACUUUAAAUUUUGAUUAUUGUGGAUAGAAUUUAAGAAAUGAACUUCAGAAGAUAAAAAUUCAUCAUUCUGUGGAUUAAUCUAGAAUAGGAUUUGAUAACUAAUUUGGACUAUUCAUCAUGUUGAUGGGUAUAAUAAUUAAAAGUACAAAUUGUUGGUUUUUGAUAAAUAUCUCACUAAAGUAUUUUAUUCAUACACUGUCUGGCUAUAGGAAAAAUAUUUUACUAAAUUUACAGCCAUAUCUUUAAAAAUAUUAUAACUGUAAGGCAUUUCAUUAAAUCAUGUUUAUCUUCUGAGAAAUGUAUAUUACACUUAUACUUUGAGUUUCCUAAUACAUAUAUUCAAGUAGAAAUUCUUUUACAAAAGUGUCCAUUUUUGGACUUGUAUCCAUUGCAUCUUAUAUAUUAUGCUCACAGUCAGCCCACAAAUGUUGGGGAAUAAUUGAACAAAAUGUAAUAUAUUAUGUAUGUGUCAAAAAUACAAAAGCCAAAUAUCAA